GGACGUACCCUCGAAGGCCAUAUCCUUCCCUCUUUAAAUCCAAGGUAAAGAAAAUAGUCUCUUUAGUAAAGAUAAAAUGCCUGUCCAAUUUGCGAUCUGAGGUGCUGAUAUGUGAUCGCGGCAGGAAUCACCAUGGCUCGUGACAUUGUGAAAGCGGCCAAAUCGGCGUCGAAUGUGAUAGCUGUUCAUAAGAAAUAUACUGUCCAAUCUACCGGGGUAUGGGAACGCAUUCGCCGGCUGCUUGCUGUCGACCCAAAUCGCUCAACCGGUGUUCCCUUGAACGCUCAAUAUCGUCUGCCGACUCCAGGAGCCCUGCCUCCUCUAUCAUACGAUGAUCCGGUCACCGUUCCUGCUGGCGAUUUGGCUGACAACCCCUACUGGAAACGUGAUGUUCGGAGAAACUACCCCAGGCUUAGUGCGGUCAAUCAGGCGGAUGCCGUUGGCCUUCUUAGUGUAGGCAGUCAAGCCGCUCCCAAAGAUAAUGUCCUGCAGAUUGGCGAAGCGGGAGAAAAGCAGCUGGUUUCCGUCAAGCAACAGGGAGAAGAGCGCGGUCUUGCUGGUCUGUUUGAGAAGGACAAGAAUGGAAUCAAGGAAGUCCUAGGCGCCAACGGUUUGCCGCCAUUGCCAUGCAACCUGAACCCUUCGGGCACCAAAUACGAGCUCGGCCAUGAACAUGGCUAUCCCGACGUCUAUCCUUGCCGCACCUUCGUUUAGCUUUCCUACCUGACCGUCGGGUGAAGAGUUGAGAGGUUUGCGAUUACAUAUACUUUUCCCUUAGUAGGGAGUGUCACUCGGUCCUGAUCUAUCUUGUAUUGGUGGAUAAAUGGAUUGUUUACUGCAUUGUAGUACUAGGUGGACUUGCAAGUAAAUUGUAGAUGAAUAAGUUGAUGUUCUACUUAAUAAUUCAC